GAAUGUUAGCUCUUCAGAGAAAUCCGUGGUUCAGGUAGGCGAAUAUUCCCUCUUGCAAUUAGGGUUAGGGUUUGUAUUUCAGACCCAACACAUAUAUAAAUCCCAUUUUAGUGCCCAGUCUCUCUCACUAAAGCCUGAGACCAAGAGAGCUUGAAAUUAUAUACAGGAGUCAUGGAACAGACAUUCAUCAUGAUCAAGCCUGAUGGCGUCCAGAGAAACCUGGUUGGCGAGAUUAUUGGCAGAUUUGAGAAGAAAGGUUUUACUUUGAAAGGCUUGAAGCUCAUGAGUGUGGAUCAAUCUUUUGCCGAGAAGCACUAUGCAGACUUGUCCGCAAAACCCUUCUUCAAUAAGCUGGUUGAGUACAUUGUAUCUGGUCCAGUUGUUGCAAUGGUUUGGGAGGGUAAGAACGUUGUUACCACAGGUCGGAAGAUCAUUGGAGCCACAAACCCCGCUGAUUCUGCUCCUGGCACCAUUCGUGGUGAUUUCGCCAUUGACAUUGGCCGGAAUGUCAUUCAUGGGAGUGAUGCAGUUGAGAGUGCAAGGAAGGAGAUUGCACUCUGGUUCCCAGAAGGCGUUGCGAACUGGCAGAGCAGCCUUCACCCCUGGAUCUAUGAAUAACUUUUCUCGGGUCGUGACCGUGGCUCCUAUUAUCUCUGGCUUUUGUUAUGGUUAUUUAAUAUUGGCAAACUUUGAAUUUUGACUGUGAUUUAGUUUUAAAUCCUAAUGUUUUAGGCUGCUAGCCUACCUAUGAACCUAAGUUACGUUUAUCAGGUUAAUCUUAUCAUCACGGUGCUCGGCAUCAAUCUGGUUGGUAUGCCCUAUAUUUUGUAUAACCUAUUUAUAUUGUUCAUAAGCAGUUGGUUUAUGUGA